CAUACAUUGUAACAUUGUACAUCGUUCGUAAUAAUAAUAAUAAUAAUAAUAAUAAUUUAACCGCAGUGAGUUCUACUGGUGCUCGCCGUUCCGUGCAGAAGACUUUACUCCCCACGGUGAAAGUUUCGUGGCUAUAUUCAGCAGAAUAUACUGCCCGCCCGACAUGACAACGGUUCACAAACGUGCUGGUACGCGCGCGGCAGUGCAACCGUCGUCGUCGGACGUCGGCUGCAGCGAACCUGCGGCGCCUGAAAUGAGCCGCAAGUACCAAACCGCUUUCCAGUCGUUCUCCAUCGACUCUUUGAUCGGCGGCGGCAGCGAGACACCUCCACCCGCGACCGACGCAACCAUAUCGCCGCCAUCGUAUUAUUUGGACGCGGCCGCUAUGCAACUGCAGCAACGGUCGACGUUGGAACCGUCGUCGAUGUUGAACUUUGAUUAUUUGAGCGUGUUGCGAUUGCAGUCGGCCGCAGCAGCCGCCGCGGCCGCCGUCGGUAAAUCGUUCGCGCCGCGGUCGCUGUGGCCGUACUUGAGCGACGCGGUCGCAUUUCCCGGAACGCCGCCGCCACCGCCGCUGUGUUAUCACGAUUACCGACGGUCAUUACUGCGCGACGUCGGCAACCGGCCGUCCCCGCCGCCGGUUUUCGGUUGCGACGCCGCCACUGACGACGACGCGGAUUCGGGUGACCCCGAAAAUCGCGACUUGCCGAACGCAUGCACGACGGUCGUCGCUGAUGGAGGCCCGGGUGGCGGUGGCGGCUACGACGACGAUGACGACGGCGGUGGCGGUGGAAGAGACAACGGCGAUGAUAUCGACGACGACGAGGACGACGAAGACGAUGUCGACGACGACCCGCGGUUCGGAAAAUGCCUAAAUGAUAUAGACAUUCUGCAAACAAGACAAAAUACAACUGCGCAAUCAUCAAAUGAAAACAAAUCUCGACGAAGAAGAACAGCAUUCACGAGUGGUCAGCUUUUAGAAUUGGAGCGGGAAUUCCAGGCUAAAAAGUAUCUAAGUCUAACCGAAAGAUCCGAAAUAGCAAACUCAUUAAAACUUAGCGAAGUUCAGGUGAAGAUUUGGUUUCAAAACCGGCGAGCGAAAUGGAAACGGGUCAAGGCCAGCUUGUUGUCCGGAAACGCGUGCGGCAACGAUGGCCAAAAGAGCAACGCCGGCGGGAACGCGAUGCGGGGCCGAUCAAAAUGUCCAAAUGGCGUCGUUGGCGGCGGCGGGGCGGGAAAAAUCGUAGUGCCCAUACCGGUACACGUCAACCGGUUCGUGGUGCGGAGCCGACACCAACAGUUGGAGAAAUGCGCUUCCGGUUUUGCGCAUCUCCGACGAGGCAGCGAUGCGGACUUCAAAAUCAAAAGUCGUCUGCAGUUGUACACGUCCGCAAUUCUGUAAUCGGGCACGGACAGCGGCCACCGAGUUCGGCCUUUGUAUAGGCACGCCAUCGUACUGUAAUAAUAUUAUAACAUAAAGCGCAAACUUUGGACAGAAAUUAAAAAAUAAAUAAUAAUAAUAAAUGCAAAUUACGAUAUAAUAACAUAUAUACCUAACCUAUAUUACGUAUAAUGGUUGUCAAGUGCUAUUUCGGACAAGUCACUGCAGUGCCAUUUCAGACGAUUUCAAAAAGGUAAUUUAUUUAGUGCCAUUUUCGAACUUAGCCAUACUAAUACCUAUUAUAGGUAGGUACCUACUUUGCUAUUUUCAAUUUGUGUACAUAUUUUUUAGGAUUAGUAUUAACAUGUUUUCAUCAUAUUCGAUAGGACAUUUUUAAUUCUUAUAAAUACACAUCAAAACCGUUUAGAUAUAUUUAUUAUAUUUUAUAAGUGAUUUUAAUAACUGUUAAGGUAAAAUAUUAUGUUAUAAUUAAAAUAUAAAAAUAAAAUUGUUUGGAUUAUUGACGCUGCAGUUGAAAAACAAAUUUAAAAACAAUUAUAAACUUGUUAAUGAAUUAAAAUCCGUUUCAAAAAUUAAAAUUCCAAGUCUUACAAUAUUUUUCAGAGGAUUAAGUCUAAAUACCUCCUUUUUGUACAGCGACUGCAGUAAGGGGACGUGGGACAUACGCAUGACGUGUUGUCUAGGUUUUAUAAACGUACAGUACACAAAAAUUGCAUUCAGAAUAAUCAAUUUUGCGUUAAUCCUUCAUUUGUUAUUAACAUGAGAGUUAACUGAACUAUUUUCAAAGUUAAAAGUUAAUGUUAAGAAUUGAGAACAUUAUCAGUGUCUGUACGUUAGUAUUUUACUAUAUUUAAGUAUUAAGAGAAUUUAUAUAUUUUGAUAUUUAAAUAUUUUACAUAAGAACUUAUAACUCCAUUAAAAUUAAAAUAUAGUAAAAAACCAACGGAUAAACAACAACACAGAAAAUGUUCUUACGUUUACAUUUGAUAUUAGGUCGAUUCUUUCUAAUAUUAAAAACAUAAAACACAUAAUUAGUUUUACUGAUGGUAAGUUAAUUGUUUGUUGUACGUUUGGAAGACAGUGACAACACAUGCGGGUGAUUUGGCAUCCAAUAAAUAUUUUUUAAUUGUUUUUAAAUAGCAGAUUUUCUCUAAUUUACUAGGUAUUGAAAAAAAUAUUUUAGCCACGAGGAAUUUGAUUUAAAAUACUAAUGCAAAUAAUGUACUGGAAGGUUCAUAAUAAGGUAAAAGGUAUAAUGUGGGAAAGGGAAGGGACGAACUAGAAUUCGUUUAAGGAAUUGAAUUUAGAUAUAACUGAUUUUAAUAGUACUUACCUAUAACGCGUAAACAUCUGUAUGGAUAAUUAAUUUCGUGACUAGGUAUAUAAUAUCAGCUUCGACGUUAAAGAACGUACAUUUUAGAUAAUUCUAGAUAAUUUCAACAGUUGAACGUUAUGACUUCAUAAGUAUUAUGAUUUAUGAGUUCUGGCGAAUAAGAAUUUAAAAAUAAGCUUUUGAAUCCUCAAAACGUGUACCUAGGUAGGUAUAUUAUAAUACUACGUAAAGGUACCAACACACUGCAGUGGUGGCGGUAAAUUGUGUCCGGACUUAUUUUACUACCACCCCUGCAGGGACCUUAAAGAAUGACUGAAACACAGUUUUAUUUGAAUCGUAGUAUCUAGGUACAGAGUUUUCUGUUAAUUAUUCUGUGAGUUCACAUUCUUAUUGGUAAUACUACGCGUAAGUGCGUAACCUAUUAAAAAUAUCAAAGGGUUUGAACAUAGCGAAUUUAAUUUAUAUCAUAUUGUCAUCACUUUGAAAUUUCGAAUCCCCCAUGAUAAUACCUAAACCAUAAAAUGGUAUUUAAUAUAUUUUAUAUUUAUACCUACCUACCUAUAUAUGUAAUUAAUUUACAUUGUAUGUGUACAUCUGUAAGUUGUUAUAAUUUUAGCUUUGGUAAGUACCUAGUACAUUUUAUACAUUAUUUUUUCUGAUGAUUAUAUUAUACUUACCAUCAGAAACAUAUCCUAAAAAGUAAUAAAAUAGUAUUUUCGUGAUUGGUUUAGACAAUUGUAGAUGAGUGUAAAAACAAAAUAAUAUUGAACGGUUCAAUAUAACAUUCAAUUCACUCUACCAGAAAGUGUACCUUACCUAUACAUACAAAAUAGUAAAUACUAAAUUCGUAUUAUAUACAAAGUAGGUACACGAAUAUUUUUAUAAUCCUAUUCUCUCUUUUUUUUUAAUGAAAUAUUUUCAUGCGAUAUUAUAUACAUAAUAAAUAGUUAAAUAUAUACGUUUGAAUUUUGAAUAUGCAUUGUAAAUAUUUAUCAUUUAGGUUAUAACAUUUGUGAUUAAUAAUGCUAUUUUUAUUUUUAAGUAUAUUUUAUAAAAUAUAAAUAAGCAAAAUAGAUUUUAAUAUACUAUGAAAUAUUAAUUAUUAAGUAUAUUAUAUUAUAGUUUUGUGCAUAAACAUUGUAAAUAUAAUAUAAAUUAUAAAUUAUAAUCAUCACAUAUUACAUACACAUCUAAGAGUGUAGAAAGUAUAGCAGUACUCGUGUAAUGUUUAAA